AUGGCUUUACAGCCACAGCCUCAGGCGUUCUGCAGUCCCAGAAGCUCAGCUCAAGAGCCAGCUGGCCGAGGCGUAGCGGCAGAGAUGGAGGGCAAAGGUUCCAGGCAUCGAUCAGCCUGCACCUUCUGUCGCUUCUUGGCUCAAGAACGUAGGGUGUGCAAAUUCCAGCUUCAAGCAUUAUUCACCAACCUGCUGAUCUCCGCGUAUCAGAUGGCCGCUGAUGGUGCGUCCGCUGACGUGGCCGCUGAUGCAGCGGACGUUGCAAGAUUGGUCUUUACCACGCUUCCCUGGGAUGGCGGAGAAGCUUUCGCGACCCCCAGGCCAUACUUCGAGCGCUUGUCUCGUGACGCUGCACGGCUCGACAUUGCUUGGCCCAAGGACCUGCCGGUGCAGCUGCGGAAGUCUCUGAAGGAUAGUUUGAAGAAGAAGCCGAGUUCCUGGCCAUGGCAGCACCAAGGAUAUCCAAGGUUGCGUUUCAAACACUUGGCCAUCACCGCCUGGGCUGCUCCGCGUGGAGCUGACGUGUCAAGGUGUGCCGCCAAGGGAGCGGAGCGGAGCCUCUGUAGAUAG